CGGGGUUUGAAAGGGGGAGAGAGUAUUUCGUUUUAUCAGAGAACAAGCAGAGGAAAAAGAAGAAGACGAAGAAGCUCUGUGUAGUUUUGGCUUUCUUCUCUGCCCUUCUAUUUGCCAAUUUUCGUUUACUUUUCAUCAGGGCUUUUUAAGAGCAGUCAAGGGAGUUUUGAGAGGAAAUUGAUGAGAGCUGGACAAUGAAAUGUUGACGAUCUAGAGCUUCCGAGAUAGGGGAGUAGUUUUAAGAGAUACAUUCAAACAGUUUUUGAAGAAUCUGUUGACGGAAUAUCAUCUGGGUUCGGUUCCAAUUCUCUCAGCUAAUUGUGGGAAAUUUUUUAAUUCCACUGCAAAUUUACAGAGAGCUGUUCAAGAAAUUCUGAGUUUAUGAGGCACAUUUCGAAGAGAUUUGAGCGCUUUUUCUGAAAGAAUCUGAAUGUAUUAUGAGAUAAAUACGGAUAUCCAUCAUCGCCGGUGUUAGAACUUUCAUCGGAGUUGGAGAAUCGGGUUCUGAAAUGCAAUAAUUUCCUUGAAUUCUGGCUACAGAUUUGCAUUUUUAGGAAGUCUGAAGACCGAAAGAAACAAAAUUUAUUCCGAGAAUUGCUAUAAUGGUUGUGGGCAAAUCUAGUAAUACAGCGAGGUUGUAACAAUCCGUUUGUUUGGAUUCGACUUCGAUCUUUGGAGACAGAUUGCCUUAUUUUUUCAGUUUUGAGGUGUACAAAAAGGCGAUGGAUAAGCAGUCUGUGAGUGCAAGGCACAACCAUCACAAUAACAACUCCAAUUCAAGCAAUAGAGACAGAAACGGAGCUGAUGGAUCGCUUUUGUUGAGAGCAGCGAGCUCCGAUGCUAUCGGACAAUCCACGCCGUCUGAUUUCGUUUUGCAGUGGGGGAAUCGGAAGCGGCUCAGGUGUAUGAAGAUCCAGGUCAAGGAUGACUCUUCCGCCCCGGUUCAUCGGACCACCGUUCGAGUAGACCGUCGGGUCGUCAGAGCCGAUAAGGACGCUAAUCACCCUACUACCACUAUUCAUAAUAAUAAUAAUAAUACAAAUGGUUAUUUAAAUCUCCGUCAACGGCCACCUUCGCCUCAGCAACCGCCUUCUCACCGUGUUCUCAGGAACUCGGAGACUUCAAGUGCCAUGAGAGGGCAAAGCAACGGAGGUGUGAGGGGAAUUGCUUCGCCAGAUAGGGGUGCGCACGAUAAGAAAGGUACCACCACCAACAACAACAACAACCACCACCACCAUAAUGAGAAUAACAAAUCCGCAGCUUCUUCAGAGACGGCGCACGAUAGCAAGAAGGGUGGGUCUUCUUCGGGAAGCGGCGAGGCUGCGGUGGCGCCGCCCGUUUGGCCGCCAAAAUUCGUGAUUGCUUUGACCAACAAAGAGAAAGAAGAGGAUUUCAUUGCCUUUAAAGGGUCUAAGCUGCCUCAGAGACCCAAGAAGAGAGCGAAAUUCAUUCAACGAACCCUCAAUCUGGUGAGUCCAGGUGCAUGGCUUUGUGAUUUGACCUUAGAACGCUAUGAGGUCAGGGAGAAGAAGAUUUCCAAGAAGAGACCAAGAGGCUUGAAGGCUAUGGGAAACAUGGAAUCGGACUCCGAAUAAGAACAUAUAGGAGUUAGGAGAAGACAGCAGACGACGAUAAAAUGAUAGACAUGUGACAAGCCGUUUAGUUUUUCGAGGAAAUGGGAAAUGUUGGAACCAUGUAAAUUUUCACCCUUCACCCAUUGCGAGAAUGAAGGGAUGAAUUUCCAGUGGUAUAAAAUAUAUUUAUUUAUUUA